GUAUGACGUAUCGAAAUCAGUCGAUCGCAGGCGCAGCUCGUCACAUUCGUCCCAUCGAAUUAUUACAACUUGUCCUUAGGAAGACCGGAACAAUUUUAUAAAACCCUCGAGGCAUACGUUUUGCAGUUAAAAUUCAGUUUCGACUCUUCAUACCAUCUUCCAAAUUCCUCUCAGCAACUCACUAUCGCCAAAUUUCCUCAAGAUGUCGACUACAGUCCACGUCAAGGGCAUCUCUCACGAGACGAGUGAGAAGGAAGUCAAGGACUUCUUCAGUUUCUGUGGAAAAAUCACCAACAUUUCAGUGACACCUGAGUCAGACGCUGCAGAUGCUGGAAAAUCUGCCACAGUGACCUUUGAAAAGGAAACUGCCGCGAAGACCGCUCUCCUGCUCGAUAACACCCAGCUUGGAAAGUCUCAAGUCCAUGUCUCGACUGCGAGCACUCUCGAUGACGUCGCCUCCAAGGCCGGCGCAGCUGUUUCAUCCUCCCUCCCAGACGACCAUAUCCCGCAAGAAGACAAGCCUCGCACGAGAAUCGUCGCCGAGUACCUAGCUCAUGGCUAUGCUCUAUCCGACAAUGUUAUCAACAGGGCAAUUACGGUGGAUAAAGAACACGGAUUCAGUUCGAGGUUCACUGGUGCUCUGUCCAACUUUGACCAGAAGUUCAAGGCAACAGACAAGGCCAAGUCAGUUGAUACAAAGUACGGCGUCACUGAUAAAGCCAUGAGUGCGUGGGGAGGUCUCAAUUCCUACUUUGAAAAAGCUCUCAACACCCCUACUGGACAGAGAGUGCGAGAAUACUAUCUGCAGGGGGACAAGCAAGUCAGAGAUGUGCACAAUGAAGCCAGAAGACUUGCAGAUCUCAAGGCUGGCAAGGCCCAUGAGCCCGAGGAAGUCCCCGGAACUGACAAGACAGUUUGCAAGUGUGGUGGUGCCGAGGGUGUUUGCGGCUGUGCUCCAGGACAUUGCAAUUGCGCCAACUGUGCCAAGAGUGGUCUGGGUGACAAUCAGCCAGAACCAGUCAAAGGCACCGACAAGACUGUCUGCAAAUGUGGAGGCUCUGAAGGAAACUGCCCUUGCCCACCUGGUCAUUGUGCAUGCUCCAACUGCGCCAAGGGCAGUGAUUCCGCUACCACUGAAGCAAAGGAGGCUGCUCAAGCAAGCGGGCAGCAACUGCCGGCGGGCAGCGUCUGAGCUGACAUCUGGUCGGUAUUCCUAUUAAAGAUUGAUUUUCGAUCGGAAUGGGAUGGUGGAGUUCCACUCUGGAAGGCCUGGAACAUCGAUGAGCGGCGGUCGGACUUGUUUAUGAAGCAUGAAAAUUAUCGACACGAGCGGAGAUUGAUCGAUCAGAGAUGCACUUUUUUUUUAGUUUUUGCUACGAGUAUGAGUUAUCAAUGGAAUUAUUUCCCGACCGCUUUCCUAAACUUGAGCAUGUUAUUUCUCAAUCCGGUCAUGGCUGCGGUAUUUUCAAUCUUCUACAGAGUACCAGAUUGCCGUAGG